AUGAAAUUUUAUAUAGGAAACAUUGAUUAUGACUAUGAAACUGUUAUAAAAUGGACUAAAUUUCCUUAAAAAAUCGAAUAUAAGAAAUCCAUAUAUAAACGAAAAAAGCCUGAAGAAGAAACAGAAGAAAAUACUGAUAAAACAUACUUUUAUACACUAUAAUUUAACUAUAAAUUCACAUAAUAGGGGGAAAGAGUACUUUUUUCAUAUGCAAAGCCUUAUUCUUUUACCAAUUUAGUAUCUUUUUUGGAAAAAACAGAAGAGAAUUUAAAAAAAAGGGAAGGUUUUUAAUAUGAAUUUGAUACAAAAACUCGAGAAAUUAGUAUUUUUUCUGAAAAUAUUUUAUAUAAAAAAUAACUAAUUGGCGGAUCAAGAUUGGGUUUAUCAAUUUUUGUAUUGGAAAUUACUUCUGGGACAUAAAAAGGGAAAAUUCCUCUAGAAAAAAGGAAAAUAGUCUUUAUUUUGGGAAGAUAGCACCCCUCAGAAAGCCCCAGUUCGAUGAUUCUGGAUGGCUUGAUUUCCUUCUUGGUUUCAGAUGAUUUAAUUGCGCAAAAAUUAAGGGAGUUCUUCGUUUUUAAGGUCGUUCCAAUGGUUAAUCCGGAUGGAGUUUGCGUUGGAAAUAGCAGGACUAAUAUUUCUGGGGCUGAUUUGAAUAAUGAAUGGUAAGAACCGUUGGAAAAAUAACACCCUGAGGUGUUUUAUUUGAAGAAUUAUAUAAAAAAAUAUUUAGAGAAGAAAGAUUUAUUCCUUUUUGUUGAUUUUCAUGCUUGUAUUAAUGAAAAAAAUGCGUUUAUGUAUGGAUGUGAAGAGUUUGGAGGGUUAAAUUCAAGUUUAAAGUGGUUUUGUAAUAGGGUUUUGUUAAAAAUAAUGCAUGAAAGUAUGAAAUAUUUCAAUUAUGAAUAAUGUAAAAUGUCUUUAAAAAAGAAAAAUAUGAAUUAGGCUAGAUGGGUGUUUUAUUAGGAGUUUAAAGCGAGUUUUUCGUAUAGUUUUGAUGUUUCUUUUUUCGGUUUUUUUAUAAACUCGUUUUUUUCAAUAUAGAAUGAUAAAUAUUAAGAAAAAAAUAAUGGAUAAUUAUCUCUUAUUUAAGAAAUAAAUGAUAAUAAUACCGAAAACAGCAAAAAUAAUAAUAAAAAUCUUAAUAAUAGUAUUAAAACAUAAAAUACUGCUUUUAGAUAAAACAGUAUAAUUAGAAAAGAUUCCAAUAUUAGUACAAAUAGUAGAAAAGUAUCAGAUUCUAUAGUAGUGAUAAAAGAAAAAAGUAAUAAUAACGAUAAAAACACCAAAAGUAAUAAUAAUAACGAUAAAAACACCAAAAGUAAUAAUAAUAACGAUAAAAACACCAAAAGUAAUAAUAAUAACGAUAAAAAUACCAAAAGUAAUAAUAAUAACGAUAAAAACACCAAAAGUAAUAAUAAUAAUGAUAAAAACACCAAAAGUAAUAAUAAUAAUGAUGAUAAAAACACCGAAAGUAAUAAUAAUGAUAAAAACACUAAAAGUAAUAAUAAUAAUGAUAAAAACACAAUAUUUUUUUAGAGAUUAAAAAAAAAAUUAAAUAAAAGUAAUUAUACUAGUCCAAAUUCUAAUAAAAAUAAGAAUUCUUUUUAAAAUGAAGAAUAUGAAGAUAAUGUGAAAAGAAAAGGUUCAAAAGAUUAUUUUUCAUCGAAAUUUUAAACAAAUGAAAAGGACAUUAAUUUAAAUGAAAAUCCUAUGUUUUUAUAAAAUAAUCUUUAAUAAAAUUUUAAUAAUUUAUAUAAAAGUAAUAAUAAUAAUAAUAAUAAUAAUAAUAAUAAUAAUAAUAAUAAUAAUAAUAAUAAAAAUGAUUUUAAUUUACUUUUUAAUAGAAAUUUUAAACCAAAGUUUGAUAUAAUUAAAUUAAAAAAUCCUUUUUUGCCAUCUCCUUAAAAAUUAUUAUAAAUUUAUCAAUUUAAAAACCUCAAAAAUAUUUAUAAAAUAAAAAUAAUAUAACAUCUUCUUAUUAAAUGA